UGAUAUAGACGGUGAUAUAGAGAGAAUGCAGUGUCUACACCUUUUGUUUUUCUUUCUUCAUUUGCAGGGGUUCAGCAGCCUGAGGUUUCGGCCAAACAGAAUUCUCAGCUCCCCAGUAGAGGACUUGAAAAUGUCAAAGGUCAUAGCAAUCAUUGACAAGGUGCUGCUCGUGGAGAAUCCAUCCACAAAGGACCCUUUCAUACUUAAAAGCCUGCCCAAAUGUAGCCUCAUGAACCGCGAGCGGCAGACAAUAAUCCCACAAGGUGUUCCAUUCAUGGUUCAACUCCUGCAGUAUUAUGUCAGUGAUGAUACCAUCUUUCUUCACCUGGAGCACGUGCCACGCGGGAAACUCUGGUCUCAUCUACGACAGUAUCGGCCGGCCGGCACGGAAAAAGGGUUGGAAUUCCCGGAAUGCUCCAGUCCACGCCACAAGACCAUCAAACUGAAGAACAGCUACACUGCCCCCUCUCUGUUAGCUAUGUGUGAUGCUGCUUCCACACUUGCACCAGUCAGCAAGGAGGACUGGCAAAGUGAGGACAGGAAUAAAACGAGCAGAGAACGGACCACGGAGUACAGUUGCAACACUGACCUCAGCCACCCAGAGACAAGGACAGAGCAGGAAGUAGGUGACAAACCAUCUAGUCACACAAAUGCAGCAAACCAACAAAAUGCACAGAAUGAGUGUGCAAACAGGACGGGAACUUGGCAGGGAAAUAACAAGCUUUCAAAAGCUAGUCUAUCGCCAAAUGGCUUUGGGCAAAGUCCUGAUGGGCCACGUUUACUGGUCACGCAUCUGCCACACAGUGACUGCGUAACCUUUGACAUCGAGUUGCUUUCAGAAAGGGACAGAGAUUCAUCUCAAAGUAGGAAAACCCUAAACCACAUUAUACUCGGCAGUGCGGACAAUCUGACGCAAAUAGACCUGCAGUGUGGAAAGAGUCAGCUUCUCUCCCAGGGUAAGGUAUUACGGCCCCUUGAUCAUUUUUCGGACAGUGAAGGCCCCAGUAAAUCUUCCAGCCCAAAGUCGUCAAGAACUUACCAAAUCCACGCAGCUUCAGAUUUGCUGAAAGGAAAGCCUUCGCUGUUUAACGAGGAGUCUCGACAUGGAUCAAGCCCGGUUAGAAGUCCCAUCCGAGCCACCAGUUUGAACUUGAAGACUGGCACAAGACAAGGGACAAGGGGCUACUACCAAAUAACAGUCAAUCCUUUGGAUAUAAUUGACAGCAAUAGCAAAGUCAACAGUGUUCUGGAUAACACCAACCUGGUCGUUGUCGGGUCAUCAGCUGCCUUGCCUACAAGAAAUACAACAGUCGCCGUCUUGGAGAAGAAUCAGCCAGAGCAAAAGACUUCCGUGAGUGCCCUCAGUUCUAUACAGCGCGCGAAUGGGCAUCAGACGUCACCACUAAACGGCAUUGAAUCUCCGAACAAGUUAUUGACGUUGAAAGAUGGAUCGCCUGAGGCAAUGUUGAACCACAAAGAUAAGCCAGACCAGUCUCCAGUCACUGUAACUUCGGGCAAAAGUCCAUUUUGCAAACCUGACAGUCCGAGAACCUUAAACAGGACAGCGGGCUUUUCCGAUCCCUGCAAAGCACGAGAAGGCCAUUCCUCAUCCCCUCCGCCACACCACCCCAAUGCUGAACAUCCCAUCCCAAGCCUGGCUUCCUCAGGUCUGUCAGAGGAUCAGAUCAGAAUCUGGGUGGCUGAGAUGGUUCUUGCUAUAGAAAGUCUACACCAGCAGGGAAUUGUAUGUUUGGAUCUCAACCCCAGAAAUAUACUUGUGGAUAAUGCAGGUCACAUUUGCCUCACGUAUUUUGGCCAGUGGAGUGAAGUUGAAGUUCAGUGUAAUACUAAAGCCAUAGAGGACAUGUAUUGUGCACCAGAAGUCGGUGGGGUUGGAGAGGUAACAGAGGCCUGUGACUGGUGGAGUCUUGGCGCGUUGUUGUUCGAGCUUCUAACUGGGACGACCCUGUCUCAAUGCUACCCAUCCAGAAUCCAUCCUCACACCCAGCUCCGACUCCCAGACCAUCUCAGUCCUGCAGCCGUGUCUCUUCUGCAACAGUUGUUACAGUGGGAUUAUCGCUGUCGCCUUGGCUCCAGAGAGAACGGAACGCACAAGAUAAAAUCCCAUCCCUUUUUCAGCUCUAUACACUGGAACAAGUUGAAUGGGUAUCGAUGAGUUACAUGAGUGUGUGACGAACAUCUCAACAAGAGCGGACCAAGCAGAUCUGGAAACACAAGAGACUACGGGUUCCACAAUCUGGAGCAAAGAACAGACGGGUGGAGCGAGCCAGCGGGUCGGGCAGCAACUGUGGAGGGAAACGGACAGGCAACAUUUUGGGUUGUGGCCCUUCUUCAAGAUUGGCGUAGACCAUAAGACGUAGAAGCAGAAUUGGGCCAUUCUGCUCAGUAGAGGGGAGAUAGCCAGUGGAAAGACGAGAGAGGAAGGAAUAAGACGAGAGCUGGCAAGUAACGGGUGGAUCCAAGAGAGAACAGGUUGAUUGGCAAGUGAGUCAUGUUUGAGGGAGAAGGGUGGAGAUGGUGACGAAGGCCGGAGAUGAUAAAUGGUGAAGCCUGGUGUGACUAUCUCCCAUCUCCUCCACCCGACUCAUCUGAAAUCAACCCUUUAGAGUCACAGUGAUACAGUGUAGAAACAGGCCCUUCGGCCCAACUUGCCCACGCCAGCCAACAUGUCCCAGCAACACUCGUCCCACCUGCCCGCGUUUGGUCCAUAUCCCUCCAACCCUUUCUUAUCUGGAUCUACUACCUGCCUUACUGGAUUCACGGUUCCAUUGGGAGCUCCCUUCCCCUCACUUCUUUCUACCAGCUAUCUCCCCUCAGUUAAGUUUAUUGUGUAUUGUCACGUGUACUGAGGUACAGUGAAAAGCUUUUGUUGCGAUAUAACCAGUCAGCGGAAAGACAAUACAUGAUUACAAUCUAUCCAUUUAUAGUGUAUAGAUACAUGAUAAGGGAAUAACGUUUAGUGCAGGGUAAAGCCAGCAAAGUUUAAUUAGGGAUAGUCUGAUGGUCACCAAAGAGGUAGAUAGUAGUUCAGCACUGCUCUCUGGUUGUGGUAAGAUGAUUCAGUUGCCUGAUAAGAACUGGGAAGAAACUGUCCCUGUAUCAUGUCGUGUGUGUUUUCACACUUUUAUACCUUUUGCCUGAUAGGAAAGGGGAGUAGAGGGAGUGGCCAGGGUACAACUCAUCCUUGAUUAUGCUGCUGGCCUUGCCGAGGCAGCGUAAGGUAUAAAUGGAGUCAAUAGAAGGGAGGUUGGUUUGUGUGAUGAUCUGGGCUGCGUCCACAAUUUGCUGCAAUUUCCUGCGGUCUUGGAUGGAGCUGGACUCAGCUGUACCUCUACGCAGUCUCGAAGAGGGGUCCCAAGCCGAAACAUCGUCUGUCCAUUUCCCUCCAUAGCUGCGUUCCUCCAGCAAUUUGUUCUUUGGGAGCGGGUCUGGAACUUGUGUACCUGUCCUGAGCCACUAAGCAAUUUGAGGAACUGAGAGCAAACACCAUCAACAGAAUUCAGUCUAUUACCACCUACAAGCUGGUACACAUGGUUCAAUCAAGCUCAAGCACACUAGGAAUGAGUGUUUGGUCCCAUUGGGAGAGUAAUGUGCUGUUGAUAAAGAGCUUGUACAACACUUGUGUUAGGCAAACUCCUAACCUUGAAUCGCUAACCGUGCAGACGUCUAUGUUGUGUGGCACAUUUAGUAGUGAUGUAUUUUCAUGACUGACCUACACGGGUGGCUCGGGGGCGCAGCAACUCUGCCACUAUGCCACCCCACUGUACUUUUAAUGAAUUAACUUGAGCCUUGUUAACAAACUACUUGAACAUGUGCAAAUGGAUGAAGAGCUGUACUGUUAUGGCUAUUAAUGGUACAGGUACUAUCAUUGAUUUCUCUCUGUGAUUGCUCCUUUCAGGAGAUGGGAAUGAUUGAUAUUGACCCUAAUAUUAAUGGCCAUACUAUCUGUCCUUCAUCUUUUGCGCUGUCCCCCCUACGUUGGCACUCUUGCAAGCAGAUAGAAUGCAAGAUUUUAUUUUAGCAAGUUCUGCCAGGACAGGACAGAAAAAAAUAGUUUUAAACCAGUUUAGUUUAGAGAUACAGCGUGGAAACAGGACCUCGCCCUCCGAGUCCGCGCCGACUAGCGAUCCCUGCACACUAACACUAUCCUACACACUAGGGACAAUUUACAAUUUUGCCAAGCCAAUAAGCCUACAAACCUGUAGUUCUGUGGAGUGUGGGAGGAAACUGGGGCACCCGGAGAAAACUCACGCAGGUGAUGGGGAGAACGUUCAAACUCCCGUAGUCAGGAUUGAACCCAGGUAUCUGGCACUGUAAGGCAGCAACUCUACCUCUGUGCCACCCUUUCUGUAGCUUGUCUUGGACAAUACAGACCAGAUGUAGACUGACCAAGCAUCCCUGUCUUAGAAGCCAAAACAUAUGAACCACUUGUGCAAGUCUGCUCUGUGUUUGUGCAAGGAACCUUUUUACUUGUUGAGCAUUGUAUACCCGGAGUCUUUGUGUCUGCAUCUGUGGUAAGGAAUGAUUCUUGUAAUGGCUAAUAAGUUAUGGUGCACAUCUCUGUAUCCUCCCCUUUCUUAUUCCUACCGUAACAAUGUCUGUUGCAGUCUCAUUGUAUAACACAAUUAUUUCUAAUUUUAACAAUGUAUUAAUUGACGAAGUUCGGGGGAAUCCCUUACAGAAAAAUGACAGUUAAGAAAAAGUGCAACAGUGAUGGCUCUCUGAUUUAAGAGUCAGUCUACCUACCUCAGGUUGAGACCAAUGUUAGCUGAGGUGGCCAACACUUCCAUUCUGCCACUUAUUAUAUUUUAACAUGGUGUUAUAUAAAAGUUAUGGUAUCUAGUGUGAUAGGCAUGUUAAUCGUGUGUUCUGCAAUACAUUGUUCUGCCUCCUACAUUGAGUUAAAGUUAUCCGUUCAAUGUCUCAGAAGCUAAUACCUGCUGCUGGGACUUGUUUGCAGAUUAAUAGUGAUUUGUACUUUGGCACAAAGAAACCAAGAGGUAUUCUCAUUUUAUAUUUUUGUAAUAUGCUAUUUGUCUCUAAUCUGAUGUGAUUAGCUGCUAUUUUAUGACUGGUGCCAUCAGGUGCAAGCAUGCUAUACACGUCCAAGUUUAGCACUUUGACCAAUGCAUGCGAGAUAUAUAUAAAUAUAUUUAACGUCUAUCCUGAUAAAAAUAUUUUUUCUUCAGAUUUUUUUAAUAAGUUAUUGACUUCUUCUAGUUGAGGAAUGGUUAUACCAGUUAUUCAUAGUGGCAGUUAUUCAUAGUUAUCAGAGCUUUACACAACAGAAUAGGUUCCUUCAGUCCAACUUGUCCAUGACGAUUAUGGGCAGCACGGUGGCGCAGCGGUAGAGUUGCUGCCUUACAGCGCUUGCAGUGCCUGAGACCCGGGUUCGAUCCCGACUACAGGUGCUGUCUGUACGGAGUUUGCAUGUUCUCCCCGUGACCGUGUGGGUUCUCUCCGAGAUCUUCGGUUUCCUUCCACACUCCAAAGACGUACAUGUUUGUUGGUUAAUUGGCUUGGUGUAUGUGUACAUUUAUCCCUCGUGUGUGUAGAUAAGGUUAGUGUGCAGGGGUCGCUGGGCUCAGUGGACCGAAGGGCCUCUAUCUCUAAACUGAACUAAACCUACCUGACCAAGCUAGUUCCACUUGCCUGAUCAUGGCCCAUAUCUCUACAAACUUUUCCUAUCCAUGGAACUGUCCUGGUGGCUUUUAAAUAUCAUUACUGCAAGUUAGUAGAUGUGCUCUUCCUAAACCAGAGCCAUUAUGGACAGAUUUGUGAGACAUAGUGUCUCACUUCAGGAAUUCACACUUGCUCUCUUGGUUAGCUAAUAACCUUCCAGCUGCUUAAUAACUUCCCGACCAUUGAUAUAAAAUUGACGUGCAUAUAGUUAUCUGUCGAAUCCCUUUUUAAAUAUGGACACCUGCGCUGAACAGAAAAUUAUAAGCAUACCCUGGUCUUUGAAAGUACCCAGGCUAACUGCAACGGCCUCUUUUUGGAAGAAAAUGGAAAGUUCCUUUACCCCUGCUAUCCUACCCCGCACCCCUCAAUCCAUUCACUUCCUACCCAUCCCUCCAUUAUCCUAGCCCUAUUCCCUUCCACCAUUAUCCUUCCCUCUGGUUCUGCAGGUCACUCCCCAUCUUCCUUUUCAGAUUGCAUUAUCUGCACCCUUUUCUCCACAUCACUCCAGCCUCAGUUAACUCCAUUCAUCUCUUCCCCCACCUGUCUCAUCCGCUAAUCAACUCCUCCUUAUUUAAAAUCAGGCAUCACUUGCCAGUUCUUGCCCCCACCCCAUCUCCACACUGCUGCCUAACCACUUUACUCCAUCAGCCUAUAGAAAGGUCCUGACCCGAAAUAUCUGUCCAUUUCCCUCCAGAGAUGCUGACUGACCUGGUGAGUUCCUCCAGCAGUUUGUUUUUUAUAAAUAAGGGAAACAUUUGAAAGGGUGGCUUAGUCUGCUUGUGAUCUCGCUGAUGUAAAGGAGGCCACAUCAGGAACAUUAAAGGGUAGAUGAGGUCUACCUGUCUCCCCUGGAAGGACUGCCGAGGUCCCUGGAUAGAUGUGAGGAGGAGGUAUGGGGGCAGGUGUUACAUCUCCUGCAAUGGCAGGGGAAGGUACUUGGGGAGAGGGUGGUUUGGUUCGGGAGGGAUGAGUGAACCAAGAAGUUGCGGAGGGAACAGACUGCAGAAUGGGUUGGAUGCAGAGGCUGGUGGGGUGAAAGUUAAGGAGCAGCGAAACACUAUCCUUGGUACUGACAUUGUCAUCCUUUGAAAUGACAGAAAAUUCCACAUCACGGCUUUGGGACUAUUGGCCAUGAAGAAAGAUAAAACCAGAAGAGUUUAAAACACAUCCAAGCCACUUCUACUCCCAGGUUGAAAAUCUGUCAAAAUGUCCUUCAGUGUCUCCAAGUUUAAAUCCUGAAAUUGUGUCCACAACACUUUUCCAAAUGCACCAUCAUCAGAAAGAGAGCAGUGAUUAGAAAACAGAAAAAUAGAUGCGGCCCUUUGAGCCAGCACCGCCAUUCAAUAUGAUUAUGGCUAAAUCUAACUCUUGAAAACAUCCAGUGAAUUGGCCUCCACUGCCUUCUGUGGGAGAGAAUUCCACAGAUUCACAACUCUGGGUGAAGAAUUUUUUCCUCAUCUCAGUCCUAAAUGGCCUGCCCCUUAUUCUUAAACUGUGACCCCUGGUUCUGGACUCCCCAAACAUCGGGAACAUUUUUUCUGCAUCUAGCCUGUCCAAUCCUUUAAAAAUUAUAUAUGUUUCUAUAAGAUCCCCUCACAUCCUUCUAAAUUCCAGUGAAUACAAACCCAGUAGGUGACCUUCAAAGGCCAUUACCUUUUCAGAACGUUAGGGCCGGGUGGCAAGUGAGAUCCAGAGCUUGUAAAUGAAAAGACUGAAAUAUAGGUUGAGUCGGCUAGGACUCUAUUCUCAAGAGGACUCAAGGGUCUGAGCUGUAGGGAGAGGUUGAAUAGGCUGGAGCUCUAUUGCUUGGAGCGCAGAAGGGUGAGAGGUGAUCUUAUAGAGGUCUACAAAAUCAUGAGAGGAAUGGAUAGUAUACCCACACAGAGUCUUGCCCAGAGAAAGGGAAUCGAGAACUAGAGGACAUACAGUGGCUUGCAAAAGUAUUCAUACCCCUUCAACAUUUCCACAUGUGUGCUGAGUUCCAUCUUGUAUACAAUAUACACUUAUGACAGCACAUCAACACACAGUACAAACAGGAUCAUCAAGUUUGUGGACGACACGACUGUGGUGGGACUGAUAAACAACAAGGACGAGUCUGCCUACAGAGAUGAAGUCCAAAAACUGACUGGUGUACCAAAAACAACCUGGUACUCAACCCAUCGAAGACAAAAGAACUGGUCAUUGACUUCAGGAGGAAGAGGAGAGAGGAACCUGCUCCUUUACGCAUCAAAGGAGACAUGGUGGAGAGAGUCACUGGCUUUAAGUUCCUGGGAAUAAACAUCUCCCAGGGCCUCAAAUGGCAAAUGAACACCGUCACUCUCGUGAAGAAGUCUCAUCAGCGGCUGUAUUUCCUGAGGUCUCUGUGGAGAGCAAACGUCUCACAGCCGCUGCUGCUUUCCUUCCACCGAUGCGCCGUGGAAAGUAUCCUCUCCUAUGGCAUCCUGGUGUGGUUUGCUAGCUGCACUGUGGCUGAGAGGAGGGCGCUGCAGAAAGUUAUAAAAAUGCACAGAGCAUUACAAACGCUCAACUGCCCUCCUUGGAUGAUAUAUAUAGGGCCCGAUGCUUGCGCCCGGCCACAAACAUCAAGCAGGACACAUCGCACCCUGCCAACCACCUUUUCACUCUGCUACCCUCUGGGAGGCGAUUCAGGUCUCUGAAGGCUCGCACCGGUAGACUAAAAAAUAGUUUCUACCCAUGUGUGAUAAAAGAACUUAAUUCCAACAGAGAACACUGGGGAAGCAAAAUGUAAUUCCAAGAAAUGCAACAUCCUUUUAAAAUUAUUUUUACUAAGUGUACAUAUGUGUCAAUGGUUGUUGUGUUUGUAUUUUUUAACCGGAGGAGAUGCAAUGGAAUUUCGUUGCACAGUAUUGUGCAAUGACAAUAAACUUAUUCAUUCAUUCAUUCAUUUUGUCACGUUACAACCACAAACGUAAAUGUAUUUUAUAGGGAUUUUAUGUGAUAGACCAACACAAAGUGGCGCAUAAUUGUGAAGUGGAAGGAAAAUGAUACAUGGUUUUGAAAUAUUUUUGCAAAUAAAAAACUGAAAAGUGUGGCGCGCAAAAA